UUAUAGUAUUGGAAGGCAAACGAGCAGAGUGCAGACGCAAUGGCCGAUGUUGAUGGCAAAGUGCGUCGCCCAUAGACGUCCAUAACAUACGUUAUGGGUGUUGCCUACCAUAGAGGGUAAUGGGAUGGGAUAAAAACGGUCUUAAGGAGAAAGGUGGAGCUAACCGUGAAUUAGAAACAGGUAUGGGCGUGACAUUAAAUUCCCAAGAAGACCGCAACAACACCUUUCUAACAGCAACCAAUGAAGCAAUACGAUACUGCUGCGAGCGAAUGUUCCAACCCUGGCUCCAACCGGAUUGGUUGUACAAAUUGUUUCCACAGCAUGAAAAACUGAUGCAAGCCAUCAAAAUCAUACACGACUUUACUGAUGAGGUAAUAGAAAAGAGGAAAAAUCUACAAAAAUGCCCAGAAAACGACAACCACACACUAGAUCAGCUACAAAACAGGGAAAUUACUUUCCUUGAUAUUCUAAUAAAUCAUGGAGGUAUUCACUGCUAUAGUAAUACUGAACUACGUGAAGAAGUAUUGACAUUUAUUGUCGCAGCUACCGACACAUCAGCUGUCUCCAUCUGUUUCACGCUUAAACUUCUUGCAAAAUAUCCAGAGAUACAACAGAGAGUAUACGAAGAAAUCUACUCAAUCUUUGGAGACUCAGAACGCCUAUUGGAAAAGGAUGAUCUUCCAAAGCUACAAUACUUGGAGAGAGUUAUAAAGGAGACUAUAAGAUUAUUCCCACCAGUGCCUUUCAUUAUAAGAACCGCAACUGAAGACUUUCCAUUGAAUAAAGACAUUACAAUACCCAAAGGAGCGGGAGUAACAGUGAGCAUGUAUGGUCUCCAUAGAAACCCCCAUGUCUGGGGUCUUGAUGCGGAAUGCUUUGAUCCCGACAGGUUCUUACCAGAACGGACAAAAGGAAUGCAUCCUUGCGCUUACAUACCGUUUAGUUAUGGACCAAGGAAUUGUCUAGGAUACCAAUACGCGAUGAUGUCUAUGAAGACAGCUCUAUCGACUAUCUUGCGCCGUUACCGUGUGAUUGGCGAACCAGAAAACAAUCCUGUGCCAAAGAUACGAGUGAAGUUCGAUAUUAUGAUGAAAGCUGUUGAUGGAUUUGAAGUUGCUUUAGAAUUACGAUGAAUUAAUGACACAUUGGGAUAGUUGAAAUUUCUGUUAGAAAUAAAUGUAUAUUGUCAUUG